UGUCUUGUCCUGCUGCACCAAAAAUGAUGAGUGAAAGAAGCACAUUCCGGUUGCGUGUGAAGUGAGCGUUGAAUUUAAAGCUUCCGCAUUGAUGAGUUGUUAAAAAUAUUGAAUUGCAGACUUAUGAGAUUAAAUUUUACGGACUUUGUAAUUCAUAGGACCAUACAUGUAUAUAAUAUUAAUAUUAAUUGAUUAGUGCUUUUGUUGAAAGUUUCACUAUUCAAAAUGAUAAAACUGACAAAUACAGGAAAUUUUCACGAUUGUACAUUGAUAAUUCCUGCAGUAGCAGUGGGAAAUGUAGCCCAGUUAACCAUUGAUCUCAUAAUUUCAAACGGUGAAUUAGAAAAAAUAGGGCAUAUAACGAGUUGCUGCUUUAUUCCAAUUGUCGGUGGCAACCCAUAUAAUGCAAAUUCCACGCAACUUUGUACUUCAUGUGAUAUUUAUCACAAUUCCGAGAGAAAAUUAAUUGCAAUUCAGAUACGAUCACCUGUUACAAAGAAACCCAGCGCCUUGUUCAAUUCUGUCAAGCAGUUUAUUGAAGAUCAGCAAAUAAAUAAGGUUAUUAUUUUAACAAGUGGAUGGGCUCACACACGAAAUGAUGCUCAAAUUCAAAGUGAACCAAUGCGGUACAUGGCUACAUCUGGUUUUCUGUCGAAAUUCAGUCAAAUGAUUGCUGAUUCAGAGUGGACAGCGCUUGAAAAAACAUCGAAUACAUGUGGGGUGGGAGGAGAUGUGAAAAUACCUGGUGGUGGAUUCGCUCUUGAGCUGUUUCAAUUUCUCAAUCACUAUGAGAUUCCCACAGCGAUUCUCCUUCGAUUCUGCUCAGAAGGAGAUAACAUACCGGAUGCAAUAGCUCUCAUGAAUUAUACAUGUAAAUGGAUUUCUCUCAAUAUUUCGGAAAUUAAGGUGCCAAAUUCAUGGAAAUUUCUCUAUGGAAAUCCGGCCCCAAUCAGUUUGUACUAAGUAUAGACACCACAAGGAUAAACGUAAUUUUUUUCUAAUUGUCAUACCAAAAUAAUAAUAAAGUAUAAUUCACCAUUUUUA